UCGGGCAGAGUGGAGGAGGUUUUCGCUGCCCGUGCAGGAAGAAAACAGGUGGAUGGAUACAUAAGCAUGGCCUUGCUCCUGGUCUCCUUGCUGACACUCCUGGGCUCAGGAACUGGAUGUCAUCACUGGCUCUGUCAUUGCUCUAACAGAGUCUUCCUCUGCCAAGACAGCAAGGUGACGGAGAUUCCAUCCGACCUCCCCCGGAACGCCAUUGAACUGAGGUUUGUGCUCACCAAGCUUCGAGUCAUCCCAAAAGGAUCGUUUUCUGGAUUUGAGGACCUAGAGAAAAUAGAGAUCUCUCAAAAUGAUGUGUUGGAAGUAAUAGAGGCAGAUGUGUUCUCCAACCUACCCAAGUUGCAUGAAAUUAGAAUUGAAAAGGCCAACACGCUGCUGUACAUCAAUCCCGAGGCCUUCCAGAACCUCCCCAGUCUACGAUACCUGUUAAUAUCCAACACAGGCAUUAAGCACCUGCCAGUGGUUCAGAAGAUUCAGUCUCUUCAAAAGGUUCUAUUAGACAUUCAAGAUAACAUAAACAUCCACACCAUUGCCAGGAAUUCCUUCAGGGGACUGAGUUUUGAAAGCGUGAUUCUAUGGCUGAAUAAGAAUGGGAUUCGAGAAAUACACAACUGUGCAUUUAACGGGACCCAGUUAGAUGAGCUGAAUCUAAGCGAUAACAAUAAUUUGGAAGAAUUGCCUAACGAUGUUUUCCAGGGAGCCUCUGGGCCAGUCAUUUUAGACAUCUCAAGGACAAAGGUCCAUUCCCUGCCCAGCCAUGGCUUAGAAAAUCUGAAGAAGCUGAGGGCCAGAUCCACUUACAGUCUGAAGAAGCUUCCUAGUCUGGAAAAGUUUGUCACCCUUGUGGAGGCCAGCCUUACCUACCCCAGCCACUGCUGUGCCUUCGCACACUGGAGACGGCAAAUCUCUGAACUUCAUCCGAUUUGUAACAAAUCUAUUUUAAGGCAAGAUAUUGAUUAUGUGACUCAGGCUAGGGAACAGGGCAUCUCUCUGAUAGACGAUGACCCAGGUUAUGGAAAAGAAUCCGACAUGAUGUAUAGUGAAUUUGACUAUGACUUAUGUAAUGAAGUCGUUGAUGUGACCUGCUCUCCAAAGCCAGAUGCAUUCAAUCCAUGUGAAGAUAUCAUGGGGUACAACAUCCUCAGAGUCUUGAUAUGGUUUAUUAGCAUCCUGGCCAUCACUGGGAACAUCACAGUGCUGGUGAUCCUGACUACCAGCCAAUACAAACUCACCGUGCCCAGGUUCCUGAUGUGUAACCUCGCCUUCGCUGAUCUCUGCAUUGGAAUCUACUUGCUAUUCAUAGCAUCCGUUGAUAUCCAUACCAAGAGCCAGUACCACAAUUAUGCCAUUGACUGGCAAACAGGAGCGGGCUGUGAUGCCGCUGGCUUUUUCACCGUCUUUGCCAGUGAACUAUCUGUCUACACACUGACAGCCAUCACCCUGGAAAGGUGGCACACCAUCACUCAUGCCAUGCAUCUGGAACGCAAGGUGCAGCUCCGCCAUGCUGCCAGCGUCAUGGUGAUGGGCUGGAUCUUUGCCUUCACAGCUGCUCUCCUCCCCAUCUUCGGAAUCAGUAGCUACAUGAAAGUGAGCAUCUGCCUACCCAUGGAUAUUGACAGCCCUUUGUCGCAGCUGUAUGUGAUGGCCCUGCUUGUCCUCAAUGUUCUGGCGUUUAUAGUCAUCUGUGGCUGUUAUACCCACAUCUACCUCACAGUCAGGAACCCUAACAUCGUGUCCUCGUCAAGUGACACCAAGAUUGCCAAACGCAUGGCUACACUCAUCUUCACUGACUUUCUCUGCAUGGCUCCCAUUUCUUUCUUUGCCAUUUCUGCCUCCCUCAAGGUGCCCCUCAUCACUGUGUCCAAGGCCAAGAUCCUCCUAGUUCUGUUCUACCCCAUCAAUUCCUGUGCCAAUCCUUUCCUUUAUGCCAUCUUCACCAAGAACUUCCGCAGGGAUUUCUUCAUCCUGAUGAGCAAGUUUGGCUGUUAUGAAAUGCAAGCCCAGAUUUAUAGGACAGAAACCUCUUCCACUGCCCACAACUUCCAUGCAAGGAAGGGCCAUUGCCCCUCGGCUCCCAGAGUCACCAAUAACUCCAGUUACAUGCUUGUUCCUCUAAGUCAUUCGGCCCGGCAAUAAAAUGCAAUAUGAAAAAUGGAUCAUCACCUUGAAUGGCAAUGACUUCCUUCUGAAGAGUGGACCAGGGAAGAGCUGGCACUGUUUCUAUACUUGCGUCUAAUUUCAUCUUCCUGGCUCUGUGCAUGGCAAAUUGAUCAGGAACUUAACUCACGUGACUCUUUUUAAAACUGCAUUAUUGGUAACAGCAAUUAAAGUAAAGUCAUACUGCAGCACGCUUGUUUCCUGCUUCUGUUUGGAUUGUCUCAAUUGAUUUUGUAAAAAUCAUGUUCAGGAGGCUAAGUGGGGACUUGUCCUGGAAUUUUACAGUGAGGAAAAGAAGACUCUCAACAACUUGUCUGAAACUGCUUGAUGUAUUAGAGACAGAGCAGGAUGAGGCAAUCCGACUCUUCUGGAAUCUCCAAGAGAAACGCCGCAGCGUCGUGCAAAUAUUUAUUGAAUGCCAUGACAGCUUUGUAAUGGGUCAGUGUGUCUGGGCUCAACUACAUCAUCCAGAAACCCUUCCUUGGGAGUUUUGAGUUAGGGUGGGCCACCCAGAGAAUUCUUAGGAAGACAUAACAUCAAGAAAAAAAAAAGCAGCAGCUGUACUGUGGUCAACACUACAUUGCUGAAACUGAUUCCACCAAGGCUGCCAAAGCCUCAUGGUGGGGGAUCACUCGACUUUCCCCUGGAUCUUCCCUUGAACUCUUUGAGUGAGUUCUGGGCCACCUGUGUGUUUCCAGUAGCAUAAUGAAGGAUGAACUUCUGUAGGAUAUUUUAUCACCAAGGUCACAAGCAACAAGAACAGAAACUGGGUUCAGUUUGUUUCCCUGGGACUAUACCCUGUGUCUGUUGAGUGUAUGCUCACGAUCUUUCCUUUAUGAGGACAUACGCCCUGAGGACACUGAGCUCCAGCAUCAGAUGUGAGGACAGCAUCCUUCCGCACCCAGCUUAGGCAGCGUCCCAAAUGUGGAAGAGACAAUUCCCCGUAACAAAUAUUUACCACCUACACAUAUUUGCAUUCAUACAUAUGUAUGAUUGCUUCUGCUGCUCUGGCUGAACGUUUUCUAAUGGAAAAUACACCUAUUAUAUGGCAUGCAUAUAGAUUACAAUGUUAAGGACGCAGCAGCUUUGAAAUAAAAGUGAAGAUUUUAUUCAGAUUCUGUAAUAAGCCAGGACCCAAGGUCUUCAGGCUCAGCUCCUUCCCCUGCAAGUGCACUAGCUGUAUCUCGAACCUCUAGUUGACAGUGAGGAGGAAGCAAGCACUUACAAAGUGCCUCAUGCUGCAGCAACUUUAACAUCUAUUAGUUUGCUUCUCACCUCUCCGACCAGUUCCUAAGCGUAACCAGCUCCCCUGGCCCUUAGUCUAGAAUUCCUUCUGUCACCAUUUAAGGUCUUGAUGGGGUUCAUUUCCUCUACCCCUGAAAGAAUAAAAAGGACAGGAAAAAUCUUGAGUACUACAGGUAGCAACAGAGAAAGUUUCGGACACAACAGACAGAGUCAGCCUGUGGAGAAAGGCUUUUAGUGGGGGUUGGGGGAAAACAUACACAGCAAACAUGCGAGAGAAAGACCCUCUGUGGAGGAGAGGAGACAUUCAGAAGCUUGGGGUUUGGUGUCUCCUUGGGCCAGGGGGUUUAAGGAUCUUUGAGAGGUUUUUCUCCUAUAACUUAGGGUUGAUUUGUUUGAGCCUAAAGACAGAGUGGCUAACAGACCCACAACUUUGGAAUAAGCAUGUCUUGAUCCCACCUCGAACUUGUCUAGUGUCAGGAGAAAAAUCCACCAGGGCUUGAUGCUUUUGUUUCCCGUUACGAACAUGAUGAAGAAGCUGAAAGUUUGUCAUCUUUAUUAUCUAUCCGUAGCACCUUUUCCUGUCUGUCUGUCUGUCUGUCUGUCUGGUGAUCUGUCCAACUCCUAGCUCUUGCAGUACAUUGUACUACAGCAGUUCUGAAAACUGAGCAUGAUACCCACACCUGUCCACAGAAAUGAGCCUACUUGAGUAACUAGACCAUACAGAACCACCACAAAUCCCUCUAAGCACUGUGCAGGUCCACCAAGGUCUGAGCACCAUGAAUAGCUGGACAUGGCAGGGGGAGUGGCCUCUAAGGAAUAAAACUGUGCUGUCCAUGUGAGGUCACUGCCUGGCUGCCUUCUUGUGCCCAGGAAGAAAGGACCUUGUUACUCCUCCCAGUCAUCACUCCUCUCCCCUUCCCUACCCUCUCUUCACCUCCCUUCUUUUCUCCUCUCCUCUCUUCUUCCUUCCCUCCUCUCCCCUUCCCUUCCCUCCCCUCCUCUCCUCUCCUCUCCUCUCCCAUCUAUGGAUUCUCCCAUCAGCAAUCCGGUCUUCUCUUCUUAGACCAGUUGCACAUGGUCCCUUAGGAUUUCCCAAUUUAGAUUAAUGGUGUAAAAUGUUCCUGUCUCUCCCUCCUUCCUGGGCUCCACUUCUGCAGAAGCCAAUUGUUGUUUUUUCUUCUUGAUUCUUUCUCAAGGAGGUUUGUUUUUCCUACUCCCUAAGCCUCUGAGCCAGAGUGAGUGGGGUUUAUACUUCUAACCCCUGAGUGCCCAGCCUUCCCCUGUUGAGUUUUUGGUCUCUGGUGGCACCUAGGCUGGAGAUGACAUUGCCCUGUCUUGGUUUUUAUAGAUGUCUUUUUCACGUUUGAACCUCCAGGUCAAGAAUCUUCCAUGUCUUUUUGAUUUGGCAAGCAAGGAUCAGGCGUUGGGGUGGGCAGGAGGAAUGUAAUGUGAAAAACCUUUCGUCUCUUUUUCUACCAGUGUUGUAGAUAACUUUCAAUAGCCAAACUCCCAUUUGUACUUUGGAUUGUUUUGUUUUGCUUUGUUUCCUGCUAAAAUCAUUCUCUUACACACAGAUUUGCUGUAACAUUUGGAAAAGGAAUAAAUGUCCUUUAAAAAGAAAAAAUAUUUGCCAAACAGCAAGAGGGGGACAAAUUGCCUACCACACUACACUAUCAAGGAUCCUCGGAACUUUGAGAACUGUGAACAGUGUUUAUAAAAAUUUGAAAGCCUUUAUGAAAGAAAAUUUCUUCUUCUCAGGGAUCUUCUUGAGGAACCCUCCUUGGCUAAGGCGGUGCUGACUCAAUGGUUCCGCUGCCGUCUUUGGGGUGCUGACCUUAUACGUUGGCCUUCUCAAGGGUGUACUGGGAGCCUUGUAGCUCUGGCAGCCCAUGGUGGGGUCUACUAGAGAAAGCUGCCCCCGAGAUUCCUUGGAAGGGAAUGUUCAGUGAGGAUGACCCAGCAUCUUGAGGGAAGGAGCUGAGCUCUAGUGCUAGGGAGGCAAAGCCAGUUGCACUCCUGCUCUGCAGCUACCCCUCAACCCCCUGCGUGCAAGAAUGCCAACAAUUUAAUGGUUGUUCCUAAAUGCAUUAACAAGGACAUCCUGUUGAAGCCAAGCAAAAAUGCAAGUCACCUCUGUCCAUGGCAUCAUUUCAAUAUAUUGUGAGUGGAAAAAUGAAAAAUUGAACAAUAUUUCUUGCAAAUAUUUUAGAGCAUGAAGAAAGAGACAAGG